CACUUCAUUCUUGCUGAGCGAGUGCACGUGUGUGUGUGUGUGUGUGUGUGUGUGCAGCGCCCCUGGGUCUGUGUUUUUAUUGCACUUUCCUGCUGGCUUCCAGCUGCACCGCCAGUUCCGGGGAGGGCCCUGGGCCAGCGGCUGUCCGCACCCCCUCCUUCAUAAAGUCCUGGCCUCGAGACAGCCCGCACAACUGCCCAGCCUGUGGAGGCGGGACAGCCCUGUCCCACUCACUCUUUCCCCUGCUGCUCCUGCCGGCAGCUCGAACCAUGGGAGGCCGCGUCUUUCUCGCAUUCUGUAUCUGGCUGACUCUGCUGGGAGCUGAAACCCAGGACUCCAGGGGCUGUGCCCGGUGGUGCCCUCAGAACUCCUCGUGUGUCAAUGCCACCGCCUGUCGCUGCAAUCCAGGGUUCAGCUCUUUUUCUGAGAUCAUCACCACCCCCACGGAGACCUGUGACGACAUCAAUGAGUGUGCAUCACCAUCGGAAGUGUCAUGCGGAAAAUUCGCAGACUGCAGGAACUUAGAGGGGAGCUACCACUGCAUGUGCAGCCCGGGAUAUGAGCUUGCUUCUGGGGCAAAAACAUUCAAGAAUGACAGUGAGAACACAUGUCAAGAUGUGGACGAAUGUCAGCAGGACCCAAGGCUCUGUAAAAGCUACGGCACCUGCGUCAACACUCUCGGCAGCUACACCUGCCAGUGCCUGCCUGGCUUCAAGAUCAAACCUGAGGACCCGAAGCUCUGCACAGAUGUGAAUGAAUGCACCUCCGGACAAAACCCGUGCCACAGCUCCACCCACUGCCUCAACAACGUGGGCAGCUAUCAGUGCCGCUGCCGCCCAGGCUGGCAACCGAUUCCGGGGUCUCCCAAUGGCCCAAACAAUACCGUCUGUGAAGAUGUGGACGAGUGCAGCUCUGGGCAGCAUCAGUGUGACAACUCCACCGUCUGCUUCAACACCUUGGGUUCAUACAGCUGCCGCUGCCGCCCAGGCUGGAAGCCCAAACACGGAAUCCCGAAUAACCAAAAGGACACUGUCUGCGAAGAGAUGACUUUCCCCACCUGGACCCCGCCCCCUGGAGUCCACAGCCAAAGCCUCUCCCGCUUCUUUGACAAAGUCCAGGAUCUGCGCAGAGACUACGAGCCAGGCUUGGCCGAGAGCUCCAUCCGGAGCAUCUUACAGGCGCUGGAUGAGCUGCUGGAGGCCCCUGGGGACCUGGAGACCCUGCCCCGCUUACAGCAGCACUGUGUGGCCAGUCACCUGCUGGAUGGCCUAGAGGAUGUCCUCAGAGGCCUGAGCAAGAACCUUUCCGAAGGGCUCUUGAACUUCAGUUAUCCUGCAGGCACAGAAUUGUCCCUGGAGGUGCAGGAGCAAGUAGACAGGAAUGUCACCUUGAGACAGAAUCUGGCAGUGAUGCAGCUGAACUGGAAUCUGGCACAGAAAUCUGGUGACCCAGGCCCUUCUGUGGUGGGCCUUGUCUCCAUUCCAGGGAUGGACAAGUUGCUGGCUGAGGCCCCCCUGGUCCUGGAACCUGAGAAGCAGGUGGUUCUGCAUGAGACACACCAGGGCUUGCUGCAGGAUGGCUCCCCCAUCCUGCUCUCAGAUGUGAUCUCCGCCUUUCUGAGCAACAACAACACCCAAAACCUCAGCUCCCCAGUUACCUUCACCUUCUCCCACCAUUCAGUGAUCCCGAGACAGAAGGUACUCUGUGUCGUCUGGGAGCAUGGCCAGAAUGGAUGUGGUCAUUGGGCCACCACAGGCUGCAGCACGAUAGGCACCAGAGACACCAGCACCAUCUGCCGUUGCACCCACCUGAGCAGCUUUGCCAUCCUCAUGGCCCACUACGAUGUGCAGGAGGAGGACCCCGUGCUGACUAUCAUCACCUACGUGGGGCUGAGCGUCUCUCUGCUGUGCCUCCUCCUGGCAGCCCUCACCUUCCUCCUGUGCAAAGCCAUCCAGAACACCAGCACCUCCCUGCAUCUGCAGCUCUCGCUCUGCCUCUUCCUGGCCCACCUCCUCUUCCUCGUGGCAAUUGAUCAAACCAGACACAAGGUGCUGUGCUCCAUCAUCGCCGGUGCCUUGCACUAUCUCUACCUGGCCGCCUUCACCUGGAUGCUGCUGGAGGCCCUGCACCUCUUCCUCACUGCACGGAACCUGAUGGUGGUCAACUACUCAAGCAUCAACAGAUGCAUGAAGAAGCUCAUGUUCCCUGUGGGCUACGGAGUCCCAGCUGUGAUACUGGCCAUUUCUGCAGCCUCCAGGCCUCACCUUUAUGGAACACCUUCCCGCUGCUGGCUCCAACCAGAAAAGGGAUUUAUAUGGGGCUUCCUUGGACCUGUCUGCGCCAUCUUCUCUGUGAAUUUAGUUCUCUUUCUGGUGACUCUCUGGAUUUUGAAAAACAGACUCUCCUCCCUCAAUAGUGAAGUGUCCACCCUCCGGAACACAAGGAUGCUGGCAUUUAAAGCGACAGCUCAGCUGUUCAUCCUGGGCUGCACGUGGUGUCUGGGCAUCUUGCAGGUGGGUCCGGCUGCCCAGGUCAUGGCCUACAUCUUCACCAUCAUCAACAGCCUGCAGGGCGUCUUCAUCUUCCUGGUGUACUGCCUCCUCAGCCAGCAGGUCCGGGAACAAUAUGGGAAAUGGUCCAAAGGGAUCAGAAAAUUGAAAACUGAGUCUGAGAUGUACACACUCUCCAGCAGCACUAAGGCUGACACCUCCAAGCCCAGCACGGCCUGUUGGGAUUACAGUCAUAGCCUGUCAUCCCAGCAUCGCUGUCAUCCCAGCAUUUGGGAGGCCUAAGCAAGAGGAUCACUUGAGGCCAGGAGUUCAAGAUGACCCUGGGCAACAUAGCAAGAUCUCAUCUCUACAAAAAAUAAAAAUAAAAAUUAGCCAGACAUGGUGGCAAGCACCUGUAGUCCCAGCUACUCCUCAGGAGGCUGAGGUGGGACAAUCACUUGAGCCCAGUAGGUUGAGGCUGUAGUGAGCCAUGAUCAUGCCACUGCACUCCAGCCCAGGCAACAGAGUAAGACCCUAUCCCAAAAAUUAAAAAAAAAAAAAAAUCCUUGGCUCUUACUCCUUAGGGAACUGUGCUUAGUUUGACUCUCACACACAGACACUCCUAUCGGACACCUACUGUGUGCCAUGCAUGGUUAACUAAAUGAGCAGAAAUUGAUCUGAAGCAGUGAUGCACAUUCUACCCAGAAGCAUUUACCCUAUCCCUUUCCUCUAUAUACAAAUCUAUCUCACAGUCACUUGGCACCACCACCCAAUAAGGCAAGCAUGGGAGGAAAUGCUGUACAUAUUUAUGAAUUAAACAGAAAUAAGUGUUAACUGGGAAUUAGGCUUUCUUAACAAGUCCGCCUCUACCAACUACCACUUAGUAGUGGGUAGUAGGCAGUGCCUCUACUCAGCACCCUCUACCCACUGCAAAACUCAGAAAGAAAAGCAGUAAUGGGGCCAGCGAUGGUGGCUCAUGCCUGUAAUCCCAGCACUUUAGGAGGCUGAGGCAGGACAACUGCUUGAGGCCAAGAGUUCAAGACUAGCCUGAGCAACCCAGUGAGACCUCGUCCCUAUAAAGCAUUUAAAAAUUAGCUGAGGGUGGCGGAUGCACCUGUAGU